GUAUGUGCUUAAUUUGAAAUCCAGAAACUGAUGGUAACAAAAGGUCAAGUGAACACUGUAUUGCGGUUAUGAUUCAGAUUGUAGUUUCAGUUUUCUUUCCUUGAAGCUGAAAUUAAAACUGCAUUAUACACAACAGAAUUUUAUACAGUUACAGGAUGCAGAUGGUAAAGGCAACACAGCCUUGUCCCCCAUUCAGAUUGUUGGUGGGAUAAAAUGCUGCUGUUAUUGGAACAGUUUCUUUUUCAGACUGAAACUGGUUCAAACCCUUUCUGAGAAAAUGAAACUUAAAAAAGUUAUAAGGCAUGCAUUUCCUUAACUUGCCUCAUAUUGCUGUUCACCUAACCAAAGGACAGUACAGAAAGGUCUUGUUUUACAGUCCAUUGCACUUGAACUGACCUAAAGAAAGGACAAUGGGUGGAAACAGCUCUAAACAGUGGGUUCUGCUUGCAGCAGGAUCUAAAGGCUGGGAAAACUACAGGCAUCAGGCCAAUGUGUGCCAUGCAUAUCAGAUUGCGAAGAGAAACGGGAUUCCAGAUGAGCAGAUAGUGGUUAUGAUGUAUGAUGACAUCGCCUAUAAUGAAGAAAAUCCAUACAAAGGGAAUAUCAUUAAUGUUCCUAAAGGAGAAAACGUGUACAUAGGAGUUCCUAAGGAUUAUACUGGAGCUGAGGUGUCCGCUGAAAACUUUCUUGCAGUCCUCAAAGGAGAUGUGUCAGGAGUCAGAAAGUUGGAACCCAAAAAAGUGAUAAGGAGCGGAUCCUAUGAUACCAUUUUUGUGUAUCUAACCGACCAUGGCAACAGUGGGAUAUUUACAUUCCCAGGUUCUGAAUUAUUGGCCCUGGAAUUAGUAGAAACUGUUACACAAAUGUCCAGAAAUAGUCAGUUUUCCAAGAUGGUGAUUUAUAUUGAAAGCUGCCACUCUGGAUCAAUGAUCAACAACCUCCCAAAGGAUGUCAAUGUCUAUGGAGUUUCUUCAGCCCGCUCAGACCAGGCCACCUUUGCCUGUUAUUUGGACAGAGACAGGAAUGCUUAUCUGUCAGAUGAAUUUAGUGCACUCUGGAUGCACCACAUUGAAAUGUCUGACUUAGAAGGGGAGACUCUCCAAGACCAGUUUAAUUAUGUAAAGAAGAAUAUGAAACAUUCCUUCCCUUGCCAGUAUGGAAACCGGGACAUUGCAAGGAAAACAAUUACUGAGUUUUUAGGGAAAUCAGCAGUUCCACAUAUCCAAAGGAGGUCUUGGGCAUUAAAGCCAACAGAUAUUACACCCAGUUACAAUGUCCCACUGGAAAUCCAAGCUAACAGAAUCAAAAGAGCACGUGACUCAGCACAAAAAGCAAUAUAUGAAAGAGAGUACAAAAAUAUGCUCCGGACAAGAAAGGAAAUUGACAAGGCAGUGUGUGCCAUCGCAAAAGAUGCUUGUCCAUCCGGAGCUGAGAGAGCUCUGAGAGAGAGAAGAGAUCCAACCCAAGUCCGUGAGCUGAAGAUCAUCACACAGCACUUCAGAACCUGCUGUUAUGACUGGAAUGACACAAAGUACAAAUAUGCUAUCUCGCACAUGCAUGUCUUUGUUAAUUUGUGUGAAUCGGGAACACCAGUUGAAAGAAUUAUGGCUGCUAUAACUCAAGUGAGCAGAACCCAGCAGAAGCAUUGAAUAUUUUCAAGAACCUGUUUUUAAGAACCUGUUCUGAAGCGUGAUUUGUUUUCCGUUUAUACCCAUCUGUUUUAGUGAUGUUUUUGAAAUGCAUGCGUUUUCUUUAUAUAUUCCUGUAUUUAUUUCAUAUACUCAGAACAUAGCAUUAAAAGGUUUCUGUGUUGAAAUUUGCAAAGGUAGUAUUUGAAGACAUUUGCUCAGAUACACCGAAUCUUAUGAAUUGAAUAUUACAUAUAGCUUAUGUAAUCUUUUUAAAAUAGUCACUACUUUAAAAAUGGUUAUUGUCAAUUGUCAAGGGUCUAAAAAUCCCUGAAUCUUGGGUUAAAGGGUUAAAGUGGGACUUGAUUUCUUUGGAAGGUGAUCAUGCAUGGAGCAGUGUGGUGGUGCAAUAGUUAACAUUGCUGCCUCACAACAUAGGUGCCCUGGGUUCAGUUCUGGACCUAAGGUGCUAUCUUUGUAGAGUUUGUACAAUAUGUUCUCCCUGUGUUUGUAUGGGCUUCCUCCCACACUGGUACUUUUUCUAUCAAAAUAAACUGUAUUUCACAAUAAACGUCU